UUUGGCGGUUGUACUGACUGUACACCCUACUUUUUUCACCCUUUGUUUUAUUAUACAAAGAACUAGAUUAAAAUGAACCGAGAAGAAUUACUACAAAACAUCUAUUAUUCUGCAAAGUACUAUGAUGAUCAAUUUGAGUAUAGACAUGUUGUUUUGCCCAAAGAACUUGUAAGGUAUGUACCUAAAACACAUUUAAUGAGUGAAGACGAGUGGAGAAGACUUGGUGUUCAGCAAAGUAAAGGAUGGAUACAUUAUAUGACACAUGCACCAGAACCUCACAUUCUUCUUUUCAAGCGGUUAAAAACAGAAGCACCUCCAGAGGAGUAGAUAUUAGAAAUUUAUUAUCUCUGGCAAAGGCCAAUGCAAUCAUUGAAGUCUGUAUAUUUCAUUUCUUUUACAAUUUUUCGUACCUAUAUAAUCACUUGUUUUAAGUCAGAAUUAGUCCAAACAAGUGGAAUGGCUGUUAUUAGCAUAGGUGUAUUUGUAAGUUUACUUUAGGGUUGUUAAUGUUAAGUUCUUUUUUAUUAUCAUAAGUUUGAAGUGCCUUUUUAUAAUAAAUGUUUUUACUUUG